AUGGAAGAUGUGAGAAAUUGAGAAAUGACUGCAGAAUGUAGGGAAGCUGUCGGCGAGGCAGCACAGUACUCUGAUUUGACGUCAUUUUCAGUGUGAUAUUUUUUCUUCAGUGCUCCUGAAAAAGAUUUAAACAAGGGUUUGCGAAAUAUCGGCAUGAAUUUACAGAGCUCUGUAACUCCAGUCAUGAACAUCAACGAAAAUGAAGAACAGAACACGAGCGUACUCAACGGGGUCGCCUCUCCUCCCCGCCAUAACCCCAACAAGGGCGGCUGGAAAUCCGCCAUUUUUAUAAUCUUCGUGGAAAUGGCGGAGCGAUUCUCGUACUACGGCGUGGCAGGGAACCUCAUCACGUACCUCACGACGGGUCUCCACGAGCCACUCGCCACCGCCGCCAAGAACGUCAACACCUGGGUCGGCGUCUCCUCGCUGUUCCCAUUGCUUGGAGCCUUCGUCGCCGACUCCUACCUUGGCCGCUUCCGUACCGUCCUCAUCUCCUCCGUCAUCUACCUCGCGGGGCUGAUUCUGCUAACCGUAUCGGUCACGGCGGCGGUUCCGGUGGGUUCACGGGCGGCGGUGUUCUACGUGGCGUUGUACAUCCUCGCCGUCGGCGAGGGCGGGCACAAGCCGUGCGUGCAGACCUUCGCGGCCGACCAGUUCGACGAGGACCUGCCGGAGGAGAAGAAGGCCAAGAGCUCCUUCUUCAACUGGUGGUACCUGGGGAUCGUCAUCGGCGCGACGACUGCAGUGCUCGUCGUCGUUUAUGUGGAGGAUUACGUGGGGUGGGCCGUCGGGUUCGCGAUGCCCACGGCGGCGGUGAUGAUUGCGCUGGUGCUGUUCCUGGUGGGGAUCCGCAGGUACCGGCGGCAGCGCCCGGUUGGGAGCCCCUUCACAAGGAUGGCACAGGUAUUCGUGGCGGCCGCGAGGAAGCGGCGCGUGAUAGGAACCCAUGACGAGGCGCGUGGGUUAGAGGUAAAGGAAGAAGCAGAGGUUCGGAACCUGGCUCGGACCCAUCAAUUCAGAUUUUUGGACAAGGCAGCGAUCCCGGACGACGUCGACAAACCAAGCAAAACCAGAAAUCCAUGGCGGCUGUGCUCCCAAACCCAGGUGGAAGAAGUGAAGCUGGUCCUCCGCCUCGUCCCCGUCUGGCUCUCCUGCUUCACCUUCGCCAUCGCCACCGCCCAGAUGAGCACUUUCUUCACCAAGCAAGGCGCCACCCUCCGCCGCUCCAUCGGCCAUUUCCACCACAUCCCCCCCGCCUCCCUCCAAGUCUUCGCCGGUGCCACCAUCCUCCUCUCCGUCCCCGCCUACGACAGCCUCCUCGUCCCCUUCCUCCGCUCCCGCGUCACCCGCCACCCCUCCGGUCUCUCCAUGCUCCAGCGCAUGGGCUUCGGCAUGCUCCUAUCCGCCGCCACCAUGGCCGUCGCCGCCCUCGUCGAGUCCCGCCGCCUCGCCGUCGCCCGCAGUCACGGCCUCCUCGACUCCCCCAAGGCCACCGUCCCCAUGGCCGUCUGGUGGCUUGUACCGCAGUACGCGCUGUGCGGCCUCUCCGACAUGUUCACCAUCGUCGGCAUGCAGGAGCUGUUCUACGACCAGGUGCCGGAGGAGAUGCGCAGCGUGGGGGCCGCGUUGUACAUUAGCACCGUGGGCGUGGGGAACUUCAUGAGUAGGGCCGUCAUAUCGGUGGUGCAGGCGGCCACGGCGGCGUCGCCGGGGGGAAAAUGGCUGGGGGACAAUCUGAAUAGGGCGCAUUUGGAUGGGUUUUAUUGGGUGCUGGCGGUGAUGAGCGGCGUGAACUUGUGUGUGUUCGUGGCGGUGGCGAGGGGUUUUGUGUACAAGAAGGUGGCGGCGGAGAAAGAGAUGGACCUGGUUAGGGAUGAGGUUUGAGGGUUUUGGAAAUCAAUAAGGUCGUGUUUGGUUUGCUUAAUUUGGUUUUGAAAAAUAUAUGGUGUGUUAAACCCCUUUAGAAAAGAAUAUGUAUACAUGCUAGAAGUCAUCAGUCAUGUGUCUUUUACGUUUUGUACUUUAUCUCUCUUUCUGAAUGUCUCGUUCUGACAUGAAAAUCGAAUUUCUGGAUUCUGUAUCUUACGGGAAUGAUUUCUUUGUAAA